GGCUUCCUCUCUCAUUAUCCAUUGAUUUGACAGCUUGAGGAGCGACCAGUCAGAGGAAGGAUGUGAGGAGGAGGAGGAGGAAGAAGAGGAGGUGUUUGGUGCUGUGCGUCCAAGUUUUGUAAAAAUUGCUUCGUUGUUUGAAAGCCAACCGGCACAGGUCCACUGAAAUGUCUGUCAAACACAGCUGCUCUUUAUUCGACACGUUUUCAAACCGGAUAAUCCCGAGCUGGCGUUUGGAUUAUUGCUCCUCCUGCUGAGUUAUUGUAGAUACAAGAAUCAAUUCAUUGGAUCAUUCAGGGAGGAAUUGAUUUUUUCUGUGGACUUCAAUGUUAUUUCUCGACUUGCUUCUUCUUCUUUUUAUGGGAGCUGUGUUGUAGCAUUUGGUGCAGCAAGUUGUCCGAUUGGAGACGCACACGUGUAUCCAAAUCAUCCCAAUCUCAGUCCUCCUUCAUCCGGCUGAGGACGCACAUCUCAUCCUGCAGCUCUCUGGAUAAGAAAAGUUCUUUUUUUCUGGAUUUCGUUUAAAAGAGGAGGAAAAAGGAGCACACACAACAUGUCGUUGAGCAGAAGUAUUGAAUUUGAACACUUUGAGGAGCGAGAGAAGCCUCAGAAGACACCGAGGACCAAUUCUGUCUCCGGGUCCCAGUCUGGCGGAUCCAGAGGAACCGGUCUGGUCCCCAGUCCGGCUCACAGCGCGCACUGUAGUUUCUACCGCACACGCACUCUGCAGUCUCUCACCACCGAGAAGAAAGCUAGAAAAGUGCGCUUUUAUCGCAAUGGAGACAGGUAUUUUAAAGGUCUAGUGUAUGCCGUGUCUGCUGACCGGUUCAGGUCUCUGGAUGCUCUGCUCAUGGAGCUCACCAGGUCUCUGUCGGACAAUGUGAACCUUCCUCAAGGAGUCCGGACGUUAUACGCGCUGGAUGGAGGCAGGAGGAUCAGCAGCCUGGAUGACUUAGUAGAGGGUGAGAGCUAUGUGUGUGCCUCAAAUGAGCCCUUCCGACGUGUGGACUACACCAAGAACGUCAACCCCAACUGGUCGGUGGGCUGCAAGACCGGCACAUCGCGCUCCCUCUCCUCUCUCAUCCCGCUGAAGAACGAGCUGCUGCACGGGGCCAAGGACUUCAUCAAACCCAAACUAGUCACAGUCAUCCGCAGCGGUGUCAAACCCCGCAAGGCAGUACGGAUACUGCUCAACAAAAAGACGGCACACUCCUUCGAUCAGGUGCUCACUGAUAUCACAGAUGCAAUCAAGUUGGACUCCGGAGUUGUGAGGAGACUAUACACUUUGGAGGGCAAGCAGAUUAUCUGCCUGCAGGACUUCUUCGGGGACGAUGAUGUGUUUAUAGCGUGUGGCCCGGAGAAGCACCGCUAUACCCAGGACGACUUUCUGUUGGAUCACAGUGGUAAGGCUUCCACAGCCUUUAUGACUGAAUGCAGAGUGCUGAAGACAUCACACAGCCGCUCUGCUACUCCGAACCGGACCGCUAAGAGCCCUGGAUCUUCACGACGCAGCAAGUCGCCUGGUGCAGCGAGACAACCUGUCCACUACUCCACCAGUCAGUCUCCAAUCAAAUCCCCAGUAAACGGUGUCUCAAGCAGCCAGAUCUCAACUCCAAAGUCCACCAAGUCCUCCACUCCGUCUCCCACCAGCCCCCGAACCAUCCCCAGUUUUAAGGUCCCUCCGUCACAUCACAUCUCGUCCUCAAAUGUAAAUGGCUCGUUGAACAACCACCAGGAGCAAACCAAUCGACUGAGUCCAGAGGCAGUUAAUGGGAACCGCUUCCUGCCUACCUCCACCAUCUUGGAAAAAUAUAAUAUCGGCAAGGUCAUCGGAGAUGGCAACUUCGCUGUGGUCAAAGAGUGCGUGGAGAGGUCCACAGGAAAAGAGUUUGCACUGAAAAUCAUCGACAAGGCCAAGUGCAGCGGAAAGGAGCACCUCAUUGAGAAUGAGGUCGCAGUGCUGAGGAAGGUGAAACACCCCAACAUCAUCAUGUUGAUAGAGGAGGUGGACACUCCCUCUGAACUCUACUUGGUUAUGGAGCUUGUCAAGGGAGGGGAUUUAUUCGAUGCCAUCACCUCCUCGGCCAAAUACACAGAGAGAGACGCAGGUGUCAUGGUGUACAAUCUCGCCGGAGCUCUGAAGUACCUGCACAGCACCAACAUCGUCCACAGAGACAUUAAACCAGAGAACUUGCUGGUGUUUGAGUAUCCAGAUGGCACCAAGUCAUUGAAACUGGGGGACUUUGGCCUGGCUACAGUGGUGGAGGGACCUUUGUAUACCGUAUGUGGAACUCCUACAUAUGUGGCUCCAGAAAUCAUCUCAGAGUCUGGUUAUGGUCUGAAGGUGGAUAUCUGGGCUGCAGGUGUCAUCACCUACAUCCUUCUGUGUGGCUUCCCCCCAUUUAGAAGUGAGAGCAACCUGCAAGAGGACCUGUUUGACCAGAUCCUUCUGGGGAGGCUGGACUUUCCCAGUCCUUACUGGGACAACAUCACUGACUCAGCCAAGGAGCUGAUUGGAAAGAUGUUGCUGGUCAAUGCUGAGGCUCGAUACACAGCACAAGACAUCCUCUCCCACCCUUGGGUGACGGACGAUGCAGUCAUGGAGAACAACAUGAAGAUGGAGGUCACAGGUAAACUGAAGACGCACUUUAACACUGCGCCUAAGCACAACAACACCACAGCUGGCGUGUCCGUCAUCAUGAGGACAGCUCUAGAUAAGAAGACCCUCCAGCUCAAAACCGGUUGUCGUCCACGGCCCCAAACAGUGCCAUGUUCACCAUCGUCGACUGGCAAGAAAGUCCCAUCUGCCCUUCCGGUCAAACCAGCCUCGCCGACAAAGUCAGGACCAGCUUCUCCAACCAAACAGGCAUCACGCGCCAAAGAACCGAAACCCGCCACGCUGGCAUCACCCACCAAGACUACUCGUCUCAAGGCAACCAAGACCGCUGCGACUGCAGUGCCUGAUGGUACAUCCACCUCUAACGCUCCCUGCUCUCAUUCCCCAACUGAUGGUGUUGAUUUCUCUCCUUCUGCUCCUGUAAAUUUGCUUCAUUUAUCCCCUUCACCCUCUGCUGAAACUUUCCCCAUCACCUCUUUGCCUGUUUCCUCCGAUCCUGAAUUAGGAACAUCCCCCUCCGACGCUCCCUGCUUUUCUCUCGAAACCCCCUCACCUUCUGGCCCUCCUGCUGUUUUCACCUGCAACACUCCCUCUACACCCGACUCCCGCGCUUCCCCAUCAUCUCCAACCAAACCAGCCUCUCUUUCUCCCUUUUCUCCCACCAAACCAGCCCUUUCUUCCUCUCCUACCAAAGAGGCAAAAUCUUCCUCUCCCAAAAAACAAGCUUCCCCCUCUCCAGUCACCCCAAACAAACCUGUCAUACUCUUCCCUUUCUCUUCCCCAAUCAAACAAGAACCUCCCUCCCCAUCUCCCAUCCAUCCCACCCUGUUUCCCUCUCCUCCCUCUACACCUCCCAGAUCCACAACCCCACCCUCUACUGCUGGCCCUCCUUCUCUGAGCCCUCAACCUGCUGAUGAGCUAAUGGAGAUUUAAAAUGGCAAUCCUGUAGCCAAUGUCAUCCCUCACUCCUUCUCUUUACAUGUAUGUGUCAGAAAACAUGGGUUGAAUAGGCUUAAAAACUCCACCUCAAGCAUUUCCAGUAGCUGUAAACUGAGCCAGUGACUCCUGUGUCCAUAUUUUUUCUCUCACUCUUAUCCCACACUCAUUUUCAGAGACUGAGGAUACAAGGCAUUUUUUAAGAGUUUGUCGAUUGUAUAUAUGUUUGUAUUUAUUAAUGGAGGAUGUGGAGAAAGGGAAAUGAACUGAAUACAUCACUGUUCUGAGUGGUUCGUCUUUAGAAGUCAUUACUAUAUCACGUUAAUGUGUAUUAUUUUAUUUAUUAUCCCGUUUUUGGCUGCCUGUGGCUCUUUUGUAAAUAGUUAGUCAUGACACACAGACAUUAUUGUGAACUCAUAUUGUUUUAGCGGAGACACUAGGUCCAUAAUACAUGAAAGUAUUUCAGCAUAUCAAACAUCUGAACUUCAUAGCUUAGCUACCUGUAGUGUAAUCCAACUAUAACCACUAUAAGUAGUUUCUGGGACCACAGUCAUCCCUAUGGUAACCCGCAAGUUUACUGUUAAAUUUAAGAUUUCUAUUAAUUGUUACUAUAUACAGUACAGUGGGCUGACAAAAUAAAGUACUAAGUAGCUAAUAACGAGUGAGGCUACGCUUUGCUAAACAACUUCAGCUCUACUUUGAGUUUGUGCGCCUUGAAAUCAUGCAUGUAAAAGUGGUAAUGAUCAGACCUGUUAAAGCAGACACAAACAGCUGUUCAUCCAAAUUACAAAAAGCAUUUCCUCAGUUACCUCUAGUGCAGUGAUUCCCAACCUUUUUGGCCCUUAAACAAUAUGUUGUCUACUUCAGACGCCUUGAUAUGGAAGUCUCUACAUCGUGGCCAUUUCAACCAAAGAUUCAAAUUGUUUUAUUUAAAUACAUUUAGGGGCCUAAAAGAUAUAAAAAACUGACCAUUUAACAUGAUUUGCCAAUAUAUCUGCCCUUAUAAUUAAGUCAAUUUGAUAGAUUAUUUUGUGCGCCCACUGUAACUGACAGACAUGCUGACGCAUUCAUCUACAUACAGUAGUUUGUGUGUAUUAUUUGAUGUGAACACUGUAGUUGUACAUAGUGUGAAGAACCUUAGUUGUCCACCUGAAACUUGAAGUUUGUUUUUGCCUAUGAGUGUCUGAGCAGUUAAUGGCCCUCAAGUCAUAAAUGAAUAACUGCUGUACAUAAAAAUAGAGAAAAUAGAUCCAACAGACAUGAAACCAAAUUGCAGGUUUGUUUCUAAUGAACAGGAACUUUCAGAAGUAAACUGCUUUCUGCUACUACUUCAGUACUGCACAGAGAAGACACAUAAGCUCUUUUACCAGCGCUACACUGUGGAUCGCAUGAAACUAGUCAACACUGUUCCUUUAAAAUACUUGAGUAAUGGUUUUUGAUCUGUUGGAUUUAUAUGAAUGAAUGUGCUUGUGCCUGACCACUAGCUAACAGCUCAUAACUUAAUGAUGCCUUUUUCAAAACCAACUUGGCUGAAAAAUGGGGUUCCAAGGUGUGCAUCCGAAAAAUAAGUUAUAAGUGAUUUGUAUUUGUUUUGUAUUUGUUUUAAACUCCACAGCAUUUAUCCUGGCUGGUGUUAGUAGGGCUUACCUCACCAUGCCUCUGUACCGCUUCAGGACUUUCAGCAGCAUGCAUUCUCCAUUUAAGACAAAACCCUCACACAUACACAAAAGCAAGUUGGUACAUAAUGUCAUUUAGCUUCCUCUUAUGUAUAUGUAGUUAAAAGGUUGACUUUCAUAUGCAGUUUGUAAAGGGAAAUUUGUAUGAAAAGACAGGUUUUAAAGCAGGUUUAUCAUCUGUGUCAAACUGGAGCAACGGUUUUUGAUAAGCAUAGAGUGGCUGCUUUAAUGUCUGACUGUUUUGAAACAGAUGAACAGUAAAAAUGCAAUAAAGACUACAAAAGUUUA